UGCCGUGUUAAAAUGCGUUGAAACGCCAAAUUAACUUAACAGCUGCAACGAAAGCACCCGUUAAUACAUAUUGGAAUAAAUUUGCCACAAAAGCCAAUAAAAUUUACACGUUUUUGGCACGUUUAUAUGUCCACGCGUAGUCCACAACCUACCUUUUUUGAGAAGCGUGUGCCCGAGUGUGUGUCUUCUCUCUGUAGUGUAUGUGUGUGUGUGUGUGUGUGUCUCAGUCUCGCGAAAUCGAGAGUAGAAUGAUGUCCGGGUACUAGUAGUGGCACUGUAAGCGUAAAAUUAAACAGCAAAUUGUGUAUUGUAUCGAGCGAAAAGUGAUAGAGAGAAUUGUUUCUAUCGGGUGCAAACGCAGGCGGAUUAUUAAAGCCAGCACAAAAAUGAUUUCAUCACCGCUGCAUUAUUCGACAAUGCGGCCACAGGCGCCCGCAUCGCUCGUUCCUGAUCCAAAUGAGGAUGAGUUGCGGUCUGCUCUAUGGUAUUGGGGCCGGAUAACACGUGAAGAGGCUAAAAACGUUUUAUGCGGUAAGCCUGAUGGCAGUUUUUUGGUACGUGAUGCACUUACCAAGCAGGGCGAAUACACGCUCACCUUAAUGAAGGAUGGCAACGAGAAGUUGAUCAAGAUCUGUAAUAUGGAUGGAAAGUAUGGCUUUGUCGCUAAAUAUCUGUUCAAUUCCGUUGUGGAGAUGGUCGAUUACUACAGUGCCAACUCGCUAGUUAUGUACAAUAGGUCGUUGGAUAUUACGCUAACCAAUCCUAUUGCACGACCCGUUGAGGAUUUCCAGCAACAUGGCGACUUAAAAAGGAUCUGCAAUGAAUUCAUUCAGGUGCAUAGCUUGCUGCAAAAGCAGGAGGAAAAGAUGGACCAAAAGAAGACCUCGUUCAAUGCCAUACGCGAAGAGUUGCAGGAGAAAAAAUUGGAGCAGAAUGUUUUUGGGCAUGCUGAGAAAUUGUUUCGCAAUCAAAUAAUGCUAGUUGAAACGUUUCUGAAACCGCAAUCCAAUGCCACAGAAGGCACUGGCACAGCUGCAGGCUCAGUUGGCACCGCUGCUAUUGGCGGCACCGGGAAUACAACAUGCAACAAUAUCACAAGACAACAGGAGCAGGAACAUCUACAAGAAAGUUUGAAAAGAUUGCAUGAAAAUCUCAAUGAAAUACACCAUAAAAUUGACCGUUUAAAUAAUUAUAUCGAGAGCAAAAAACAGGAGGAGCAGACGCUUGAGCGCGAGAUCAAUACGGCAAAGCCCGAACUUCAAACGCUACAAUGGAACAAGGAUAAAUAUGUUGAACGCCUGAAAAGUUUUGGUCUUAGUGAAGAAGAUCGAUUGCAUUUACUCGAGCAUGGCUAUGACAAUUGGAGGCAGCAUUAUGAGAAGAUAUCUAAUCAGCCUCAUAGCAAUGAAUCGCUUUGGCUCCUCAGCGAUUACAAUCGCAACGAUGCCGAGGAGGUGCUCUUUGGAGCACCCACGGGCACGUUCCUUAUACGGAUGCGCGCUGCCGGCAACUAUGCACUAUCAAUUGCUUGCAAGGGUAAGGUUCAGCAUUGCAUUAUCAAUAAGACCGAUAGCGGAUUUGGGUUUGCUGCGCCCUACAACAUCUAUCCAACGCUGAAGAAGCUUGUUGAGCACUAUGCGUUUAGUACGCUUGAGGAGCACAACGACACAUUGAAGACAACGCUGCGCAUUCCUGUGCUGUAUUGGCAGCAAAACAAACAGCAUUAUAUGGAGGAGCUGGCUGAUGAGUUGGAGGAGGAGCAGCGCCAAUUGGAUCAGGAACAGUUAGCCAUGGACGACAUAAUGCCGUCCCCUAUGCCUCCAAGUAGUGCGCCCAUUCCGACGCAACGGGGCCGCGAUCUGGGCCAUGGCCACUAUGAUAAUUCGACAGUUGUGGGCAGCAGCGAAGCAGAAACGACGCCACCGGCUUCUACUUCACCCUCCAAUUUCAGCCCCUCGCAGUAAAAAGCGGUUAUUGCAAACAAAAAGAUAUAUCUCUACAGCAAACCACCACUAACUAAAACUAACCUAAAACCCUCAGGCUAGCUACGUAUAUCUCUCUCUCUAUCUCUCAUAGAAACUCCCACGCUACCGAUACAUAUACAUAUAUAUACAUAUAUGUCUUAACUAUAUUAUAAAUAUUUGUGUGUGAUUGCAGUCGGCAGUUCAAAACUGCCGUUUUGAUAACUCUACAUGUGUAGCAGUAAGGAAAACAGUAACAGUAGCAGAAAAUCAGAAAAAUCAGAAGAACCAGAAGAAGAAGCAGUAACAAGUAAUUCAGUGAUCAUGUUGAUGUUGUUUAUCGUAUAUACAGUCAUAUAUAUAAAUACAUAUAUAUUUAUAUAUAUAUGCAGAAAUUAUUGAAAAAAAAAAAAGAAUUGAAAAGCUAAUGCGUUUGCACGCGCAACUCAACAGCAACAACAAAUUUUCUAAUUGGUAUAAUGUUUUUAUAUAAUAUAUAAAGUAAUGCAUUUCGCGUGAUAAAAAGAAAAAACGAGAAAUAUUUGCGGUUAGCAGUUAGCUAAGAGGCUUCAGCAGCUUCCAAAUUCAUCAGCUCUAAGACUGACUGACUGGCUCUCAUCGAAACUUACUCCCUCUACUCUAUAUAUAUAUAUACAUUUAUAUAUAUAUAAAUAUACGUAUAUAUUAAUAUAUUGGUGAAUAAUCGCACGCUGUGCGUUAUCGAAAAUUCGCCAAUACAAACAAAAGAAACUACAGAAAGAAGAUAUAAUGGAACUUGCUUCGUUUAUUGCCUUGCCUUCAAAAUGAUGUGUUUUGAGAACUCCAGUGUUUCUCCAUAACUUAUGGAUGGUUUGACUGAGAUCUAAAGCUUUCCAAUAUAAUCAAGAACUCAUGAUUUCUCAGGUUUCGGGCAAGACAUGACUAUUGAAUGCAAAAAGGUGCACUUGCUAUUACAGAUUUUUUAUUGUAUUGCCUAUCCCAAAAAGGCAAAUACAUAUACUAUAUUAUAUAUGCAGCGUUUGCUUCUCUCUUCACGUGGAGAGUCAAACAUUUUGGAACAUUUUAAAUACAUAAUUGCAAUAGUAGAGUUUUCCAUGUUCAUUCACGGAAAUACCGUGUAUCUUUCGGACUCUAAAGUCUCGUUAAUUUUCAGUUACACAUGUUAAGAGAAACCCCGAGAUUUUUCGUUUGUUUGACUUAAAGUCGUAUUGUGCCCUAAUGUGGGCCGGAUUUGAGUCGGAUUUUUGCAGUCUUAUAUGCAUGGGCGAUCUGUCCAAUCAAUUUAUACCUCUUUACCAUUACGGAUUCAAUAGUCAUGGAUAUACAUAUAAAUAAACGUAGCAAUUUUCAUGUUCAUGUAAAUAUAUAUAGUUUUGGUUUGUUUUUAGUGUGUCUGCGACACACAUAUAUAUACACACCCACACACAGAACAGUUACGUAUAAAUAUUCGUUGUUAUUGAUAAUAAUUUUGAUGUGGUAGUCCUUAAGUAAUUGGCAUAUGUUUGCACUCAAUGUGAUCAGUUGAUUGUUGCUAAAUAAUAAUUUUUUGUAAUGCAUAUAACUUAGUACUAUAAACAUUUAAAUAAUUUUAUGAACUUAAUUUAUAGACAGCUACAAAUACUUACACUACAAGAAAAACUUACAUACAUAUACAUAUAUUAUAUACAAACACACACACACACACAGACACACUCAACAACUCAAAUUGAAAAAACAAAACAAAGUGCAAUCGAAACCGUAACCUGUAACCAUCUUUUUACCUUUUGUUAUUUAUACAAAAAAUAAUUACAAAAAAGCAAAGCAAAAACCUUUAAAGCGCAAACGGAAAUGUAAAGAAACAAAAGGCAAUAAUUUGUACUCGAGCGCAGAAAAAAUCGGUUUAAAAAGACAAAAAAAAAAGUUGUUCAUUCGAAACUGCUGCAAUGUGCAAAAUAGUUUAUAAUUUUAUUAAUUGUAACACAAAAUCCAACUGUGGAAAAAAAUCACUCUUACUACGCUCUUAAUAUUUCUUGUAUACAAACAAUAGCAUGUUGGGUUUAUUUUUAGUGCCACAACAAAAAAAGGCAGGCAACGAAAAAUAUUUGAUAAAAAAGUGUAUAUAUAUGUACACAUACACACACACACACACACACACAACACAACACUCAUACACACAGAGAGAACUCUAAUUUAUUUAAAUCUAUAUGAUUUUGUGUUUGUUCUUUUUUUGCUAAUUCUAUGAGAUUUCGGCGGAUCUCGUACGUUGUAGUAUUUAUAAGUUUUAAACAUUAGUUAUUAGGAUGCGUUUCAAACAACAAAUAAACAAAUAGGCAUAAACUUGUAUUGUCAAAUAUAUAUAUAAUGAUCAUACAAACUUAUAUAUAAAUAUGUAACAAUUGGAUUAAUCAGACAGACUUUCGAACCUUACUUAAAACUUGGAGCUUAGUAAGCAAGCGGUCGGUUUCAAAAAGCUAGCUGCUUGCUUAAUAUAAAGGGUCGCUACCCAACCACCAGACCAAAUGGAAUGGGAUAACUUUUAAUUUGAAACGUAACUGUUGCAUUAACAAAUUAUUACAAAUUUAUAAUUUGCCAUUGAAAUGAUAAUUUAACAACAAUUUUCCGAUACUUAAAAAGCAAAACAUUUAUAAUUUUUUUUAAAUGAGACAAAAGUUUUAAUUAGUUUCUAAGUUUGCCUGAUUAUGCCAAAUUAUUUUUGCCAUACUUAAGUGUUAAAUAUACACAUACAUACAUACUUACACACACACAUAUGCACGCAUACACAUGCUUGUGUGUAUGUGUCAUUUAAUUGAAGCUGCAUUUUGGGCGCAGGCGCGCAGCCAAAAUAAGUGAGAAAAACGAAGAAACGAAUUGCAAAUUUGUUGUAUUUUUUUAUAUGAAUAUAUAUAUAUAGUAUAUAUGCAUUAUACAUAUAUAUGUGUGUAGAUUGUGCAUACAUUGCUAAAAGCAUGGCUAACUAUGCUAAAUGUUGUAGACUUUAAGUGAUAACAGGCGGUUAAACAAACAAAAUAAGAAACAAGGAAAACAAAAAAAAAAAAAAAUUGAAGAAAAAAAUCACAAAUACAAUUUUUUGUAGUAGUGAGUCGUGUAUAUUUGAAUGUAUUUGUGUCUACAUCAACAGCAAAAAUGUUCGUAAAUAACAAGAGAAA